CUCAUCUUUACCCCAUGCUUUGUCUCUGAGAAGGCAUCUUGGUGGGAGGCAUACAAGUGUCUAGACUCUGGGGCUCUCUGUAAGUUGAGCUAGAGGAAAUUCGUGAAUGGAAAAAUCUUGCUCGAAAUCUUGCUGUGAGUGGACAUUUGCAUUUGCUUCUGGAAUAUGAGCCAAAGCAACACAGGGACAUUUGAGAGAGAAACAGCCCAUGACUACAGGAUAAACCUUCCUGAGAGGGAGAGCAUAACCCGACCACACUGGCCAGGCACCUGGGUUCUGCCUCCCCAACGGCAGAAGAGUCUGCUGCUCUUCCUGAAGGGGCAGCCCCAGGUCUUAGGGGUGGCUCAGAUGCUGAUCGGGCUGAUAACGCUGUGCCUGGGUGUGACAAUCAGUCCUAUAUGUUCAAAUGACUAUUACCAUCGAUUUUGCCUUACCACUAACAUAGGCUAUCACCUAUGGGGAUCCUUCUCUUUCUUCAUAUCUGGAGCGCUGUCCAUUGCUGCUGGAAGAAAAGUAACCAAGGGUUUGAUCCAAGGCAGCCUGGGAAUGAAUAUAGUCAGUGCCACUGUAGCAGGCAUAGGUGUAGGUGUGAUAUUUUUUGAAGAAAUGAUCAUGCAUGAUGGAUUCUUGUGGAACCCUUCCUUUUCAACUGCAUUUACAGGCAUGCUAACUGGAAUGUUGCUCUUGUCUCUGGUGGAAGGCUGCAUUGCUUUGUCUCUCUCCAUAUUUGUGUGUAGGGCAGCCUGUUCUGUCAACAAGGUGGUGGUUUUCUUACCAAAUAAUGACAACAUCCCCUCUCCUGACCAUUUAUAUGAUGAGAUCGCAUUUCAAUAGAAUCCUGUGGUGUGGCAUUUCCAAUCAGUUCAACCUAUUUAGUCUCCUUCAGUUGGCUGUUCACCACAGGAGACUAAGACUGAGAAUACAUCUAUCUGACUGUACUUAAGUUUAUAGACUUGGAAUCUUGUGGUGACAAAACACAGUUUAAUAAAAACUUCUUUUAUUUGCU